AUAUUUCUCACACAAACCCAAGCUCAAAACAAAGGCAUUUCAUCAUCGUAAAUUGCGAAACUCAUCAAUUUUUGAUUUUUUCCUCCCGCACACAGGAAUUCAAACGAAGAAAACAAUAACCUUCGACGAUUCCGAGUAUUCUUAUAUUCUUCAUCUUCUUAUCUUUUACAAAAAAAUUGGAAAAGAUAAAGUAUAGUUACCGGUUAUUGCUACCGUCUACCACCGUGUGUAGCUUGAGAUGUUACCGGCGCAACCGGGAAUAAAAAAGGUCGUAGUGAGAAUCUCGCGAUACAGGUGGGGUGAGUAAGUGAAGUGAAGCGGGUAAAGGGGAAAAAUAAUAGAAAAUCGUACGGUUUAGAUUGAAUCUGGUGGGUCCUACCAACGAUGGAAACUCCGAAGAACAAGAGCCAGGGCAAGCUCACCCGAACCAAAUCCUCGCUGCUUCGGUGUUCCUCCCCAACCACCCGAUCCUCUAUUCCAAGCCUCGGUUCCAUCAACGAAUACGACUCUCACGAAGAAGAGGAAGAUAAGAAGAAAAAUAAAAUCAAUAAAAAGAAGAAGAAGAACCGGUUCGGUUCGAGUUCGGGUUCAAUCCGGUUUAUCACAGCAACGAUUCUAUGUUUCUUCAGCGCGUGCUCGCUCUUCUUCUUUUUACAAAUUGGUAACGCGGGUCCCACUUCCGAGAACGUUUUGCUUGUACUAAUUUUCGUGGCGGUGGCGCUUUACUUAGUGAACAGAAACAAACGCGUGAUUCAUAGAAGCGUUUCGGUUUUGAAACAUUCAUGGGACGGUAAUUUAAAAAAACUCGGGUUUUGUUCUAAAGGAAGUGAAAAACCGGUUCAAUGGUUCAUUGGGGAAACCGGUUCAGUGGAAAAAGAGAAGGAAAAUGAGAAGGGGAUAGCCAAAGAAGGGGUUGAGUUUUACAGUAACGGUGAUUUUUACGAAGGAGAGUUUCAUAAUGGAAAAUGUAAUGGAAGUGGAGUUUAUCAUUAUUAUGUUAGUGGAAGAUAUGAAGGUGAUUGGGUUGAUGGAAGAUAUGAUGGUUACGGAAUUGAGAGUUGGGCUAGGGGUAGUCGAUAUAAGGGUUAUUAUAGACAAGGUUUGAGGCAUGGUUAUGGUGUUUAUAAAUUCUAUACUGGUGAUUCUUUUGCUGGAGAGUGGUGUAAUGGACAGAGUCAUGGUUUUGGUGUUCAAUCUUGUUCUGAUGGUAGUUGUUAUGUUGGUGAAUUUAAGUUUGGUGUUAAACACGGACUUGGAUGUUACCAUUUUAGAAAUGGAGAUAGAUAUGCUGGGGAGUAUUUUGGUGACAAAAUACAUGGAUUUGGGAUCUACCAUUUUGCUAAUGGUCAUUGUUAUGAAGGAGCAUGGCACGAAGGUCGUAGACAAGGUUAUGGUGUUUAUACUUUUCGAAAUGGAGACCGAAAAUGUGGUGAAUGGGAUGGUGGCAACCUUAAACACUCUUUACCACCAGUAACACAUGCUGUCCUUCAAGCAGUUCAGGCUGCUAGGAGAACAGCAGAAAAUGCGAUAAACCUUCCCCGGAAUGAUGACCAAGUGAACAAAGCAGUAAACGCGGCAAACAGGGCUGCCACUGCUGCUAGAGUUGCAGCAGUUAAAGCUGUUCAGAAUAGAAUGGGUGGAAAAUUUUGCAAUGCUCAAGUUUAAGAGUUAGUGAAUGAGUUUAGGUGUUAACCUUUGUUUGGAAUUGUAAAUUUUAACUAAUUAUAUAUAUAUAUAUAUAUAUAUAUAUAUAUAU